GUUUAAAGAUCGACGUAAUCAGAGCAUGUAAGGUUUUCAAAAGCAAAGUUUUACAGCGCCUCAUGAGGUAAUCCAACUGAACAGUGGAGCCGAGUUAGAGUCAGUGUCAAUGAGGCACAGUGAGGCAAACCCAUUAUGUUUUACCAGGAAGAAAGCAGAGCGGGUAGGAGAACGCCAGCCCUCUGUACGAAAAUGAGUUCCUCGGCGUCGUAAGACUUAAGUUAUGACUUGAAUAUGGCUGAUAAAGGUCCUUUAUUAACUUCAUGUAUUAUCUUCUACUUAUCGAUCGGGGCUGCAAUAUUCCAGAUACUUGAGGAGCCGAACUGGGAAUCAGCCAGAGACAAAUACAUCCAACAAAAGCAGAACAUUUUAAACAAGUAUAACUGCUUAACAGAGGAAAAUCUGAAUGAGAUUUUGCAGACAGUGUCUGAGGCUGCAGGCCAAGGUGUGACCAUCACUGGGAACAACCAUCGCAACACGUGGGACUGGGGAAACGCUGUCAUUUUUGCUGCCUCCAUUGUCACCACCAUAGGUUAUGGCAAUGUUGCUCCCAAGACUAAAGGUGGCCGUGUAUUCUGCAUCCUGUAUGGUCUGUGUGGGAUCCCCCUAUGCCUGGUCUGGAUAAGUGAACUGGGUUCAUUCUUUGGAGACAGAGCCAAACGUCUGUCCCAGGUUCUGAUCCGUAAAGACGUUUCAGUGAAAAAGGUCCAGUUUACCUGUACAGCCUUGUUCCUGUUAUGGGGGCUGGUUGUGCACCUGCUGAUCCCUCCAUUUGUUUUCAUGGCUCUGGAAGGAUGGAGCUACCUGGAAGGCAUCUACUUCUCUUUCAUCACACUCACAACGGUUGGUUUUGGAGAUUAUGUUGCAGGAGUAAAUCCAGAUAUAGAGUACCACAGGCUUUACAGAGUAUUUGUAGAGUUAUGGAUCUACAUGGGCCUGGCCUGGCUGUCUCUGUUCUUUAGCUGGAAUGUCCACAUGGUGGUGGAAGCUCACAAGGUGCUAAGGAAAAGAAGACACAAACACAGACACAUCCGUGAUGAAGAACCAGUGCCUGAAGAGAAAAAGAAUACCCCAAAUGUAAAGCAGUCCGUCAUCGACAUCUUCAACUUCCUGUCUGAGCAGGAGGACGACUACAGCACCGUCAUCAAGGGGAUCGGACUCAUGGCAAAACAAAGAAAGCCCCCUGCAGAAAACAUAAAUCGCUCUAAGAGUUGCAGCGACAUCUUAGACAUCCAGCCCCUGGAUCACUCACCACGUCGGAGGCGUAUGAUCAGUAUCAGUCAAGUGAUCAUGAACACAAAAGCUGCCAUGGACAAAGGUGAUCAAGAGGAGGAGCGUCCUCUAAUACAGGAAAGCAACAGAGAUCUUAAGCCUGCAGAGUGUGUGAAGACAGGUGAUGUGGAGAACAAGGACAGUUGUGCAUUUGAUUCAGAAAAUGCUGGUAUUGUCUUUACUGUACCUGCCAAAGAUACCACAGAAGAACAAAGCCUACAGCAUCCAAGUGGUGGGGAGACCAGGUUCACAAUAUCAAAGGUGAAUGAAGAUUUGUUAAUGGACAAAGAUGAAAAAGGGUAAAAUAUCCUUCCUACAGCUUCCUUCACCCAGCCAUACUGUGCUGGGGGAAAUAUAAUAAAUACUGUCAUGUAUCUAGGGAAGAAAUUAAGGCUGCAUUGCUUUACAGUGGCUUUAUUUUAUGCAAAUUGACAAUUAUUGGCUGCACACAAUGAGCCACUGUAUGUAUCAGUGAAACAGUUCUCUUGUUUUAGCAAACAGUGAAUAAAAAAUAGGAUUUUUUUGAUUCCAUA